AUGAGCAUCCUGGAAACCAAGCAGCACUUGUGCUCCCAGCUGGAAGAAAGCAAACAGAACUUCGGAGACAUCACAGUGAAAUUCCUCACGUGCAAAGCUACUGCUCACGCCCUGGCCAGGCAGCUGCAGAAAUACAAGCAUGAAGAGUGCGAGGACCUCGCUGAAUCCGUGCCGAAGGAGGACGCGCCGUUUGAGGAGGGGGAUCUGGCAGAGAAGACGGGAGCAGCCGCGUGGCUUGGGAAGUACGAGGACCUAAUUCAGGCUCAGGCCAGAGAACUGGCUCACUUAAGGCGGCAGAUCCAGGAUGGGAAAGGUGUCUGCUACCUUUUCACCCGGCAAGCAAAGACCAUAGCCAAGUCUUUUGAGAGCCUCCUCGGGACCACCGACAUUGCCUACACCCAGGGACGAAGAUUCUGUCAACAGCUGGCCCAAGGAAGCCAGCUGGCCGAGAGCCUCGCCAGCAAACUCGGUCCUGAAAAUCCGAAUGACAAGAAGGAUGGAGAUGGACAGAAGGCCGUGGCACCCAGGUGCAGCAGGGGGCUCCAGAAGGAAGAAGUGAAUGAGGUACUGGAGGACUCGCUAGAUGAGCGGUAUCUGACUCAUUCCAGCGGCCAUGACUCCCCCCAGCCUCCCAGCAGCGAUGCCUUCCUGUGUGACAUGCAGAAAGCCAGCUCGGCUGUGGCUGUAGCCAGAGGUGAGAUCCAGAACCUGCACCAGCACCUGGAGGAAAUCCUGUUCAUCAACGGCUGCCUGGGAGACAAGCUGGAACGUCACCUCGGCAUGGUGGACGAAGGGAGCAGCACGGGAGGCCCAGGAUGCACUUCUAACCUCUACAGGGAGAUCUUAGAGUCCGCUGUCCAGCUGCACAACGAAAAUAGAGACAUCGGGAUGGAAAACGGAGCUUCCUGGCUCAGCUGA